AUGGCAACAGGAGUAAAACCUCGUGAUGAAGAACCUAAUUUUACUAGAGCAGACCUCGAAGCAAUUCAAGACGCUAUGAAAAGCAAGAAAUUUCGAGAACUACUUAACGAAUACUGCGAUGAAGUACGUGACCCGGCAAAUCAAGCAAUCUAUCAAAAAGAAAUGACCCAACUAGAAAAGGAACGUGGCUACGAUGUAACUUUCAUCAAUCCUAAAGGCAGUUAUGUUAUUAAAACGAGCGUCGCUGGCGACAGAAAGGCUUUUAUCAAUAUUUGCAGCAAUGAGAAUGUUGAGAAACCAUCUUGCCGUGUUCAGGAGAUUAAUGGCCAAAAAGGUAUGAAUUGGCAACUACCAUAUACCCUUAUUCCUCCUCGGGAAGACUUCGAUCACAACAAACAACGCUGCGUAAUUUACGAUGUUGUUUUUCACCCGGACACAUUGCGCAUGGCAGAGGUUAACAAAAAAUUCAGAGAAUUGGUAAACAAAAGUGCCUUUGAUGGAUUACAGAAAACAUACAACAUUCAUUUAGACAGCAACAAUUGCCGGUUCCCUAAGUCUUACUACAAAGGAAUGUCCACCGCGGCUGUGAUUAGAAAAGAAGACCCCAACUUUAAACCAGUUACUGAUGAAGAAAACGAGGAAUUAUCUGAAGAGGUAAUUAACAAGUUAUAUCCUCAACAUUUAUAUCCAGAUAAAAAAGAACCCCAAGAAGUUAAUACAAAUAAAACUAUAAAAGAACAUAGAAAAAAAGCAAAAAACUGUCAUAAAGAUUACAGCCAUGCUUCUGAAAAUGGUUAUACAGUGCCAAAAUAUGUUAUUAAACAGCAAAAAAAUGUUGACAUGCAGGAAUUCACUAACAGUAGAGAUUGUAAACAUUACUCUGCUAUACCAAGUCAUAUAGUUGUUGAAAUAAACAUGCCGCUUAUCUCAUCAACACAAGAUUGUUCUUUAGAUGUUCGGGAGAAGAGAUUAAGUUUAAUCUCUGAAAAACCAGCAAAAUAUAAAUUAGAACUUGAAUUGCCAUAUCCUGUUGAUAGCGAUUGUGGCAAUGCCAGAUUUGACAAAUCAAAACAUACUCUAACUGUAACAUUACCUGUAAUCAGAAAGAGCUUAUCCAGUACUUCAUUGUCCCUGAAAGGAGAUAGUGGGGUUGAAAGUGAAGAUACUUCGAACAGUGAUGAAGAAUGUAAGACAAACCUUGUAGAAGAAAUAUCAUCUACACCAUCAGAACCCACUAUGUCUAAGUCGUUAAGCCCUAUCGAUGAAACUGGAUUCUUAGAUUCCUCAAUUGGCUACACACUCCCUCCAUAUACAUACAAUGCAUUAGAUGAUAUUCUAGCUUUUACAUUUCAUGUUAAAAAUACUGAACCUGAUUCUGUGAAAGUAAAGCAUGAUAAAAACAGUGUAUACAUCAAGUUCUCAUCACUCGGUUCAGGGUUUGUUCCUUUACACUAUGCAGCCCUAAUUGUAUUCAAGGAUGAAAUAAACUUGGAAAAUGUAUCCGGUGAAGCUUGGGACAAUAAUGUUAUUUUACAAUUAGAAGUCCUUGGAAACCUACCUGAAAAAUUCCAAAUAGGAUUAACAGAAAGUGAUAUGAAAACUGAAUGCUUUGAUCUUGUUCCGACUAAGCAAAUUGUUAAUACCGAAGAAUUGGAAGAAAUGUCAGAAAAGGAUACACUAACUCCAUUAAUAGAAGUCACGAACUUUGGAAAAGAAACAAAUAUAGUUGUGUCAUCAAAAAGUAACGAAGAUGUUCUCGACGAGGAUGAUGAUGAUGAAGAAAAUGAAAAAGAAAUUGUUUGGACGGAAUCAUUCACUAAUACCGGAGCUAAGAGCAUCUUACGCAAGUCUAUGCCCAUGAUGCGUAGUUUCUCUGAAUCAAGUGCUGGAGAUGUUGCAUCAUCAAUGGAUUACAUUAGCUCUGAUUAUAUCCAUGAGGAAUCGAGUUUAAAAAAGACUGUUAGGUUUAAUGAUGUCAUUGCUAAGCAAUUUUACAGGUAUAAUUCUUCAAUUGAGGGCCAAAAAAAGAAAAAUCAGCGUAAGAAGAGCAAAAAACGUAACCUUGAGAGGCGUAAGAGUGAAAGUGAAGCUGAAGAUGACACUUCAAAUUCAUUAAAGUUUUCAAAACCGAGGAAGGCUGCUAUCAAGCAGCGUCACGACAGUGGAGUGCCGGACACUUCAGAUGCAGAGGAAAGUAAAAAUAUAAUGUCCGACAGUGAUUUAUACAGCAACCAGUAUGAUGAAAAUGCCAAUGAAAACACCAUAAAAACAGAAAAAACAAAAAAUAUUGAUAGUAAUGGUAAUAAAAAUUUUGAAAAUUGGCAGAAAGGUGCAAAACCUUUGCCACAAAAGAAGCAAUCAUGUGAUAGUAUAAAACAUAACACAAAUCUCUAUGAUCCUAACAGAUUAAACAAAGGCCAAUAUCUGGAAGUCCAAUUCAAGAAUGAUCUCAUAUUUGAUCUUGAUAUGUGA